CUACAUGAACCAACAACAGAAAAGUCCACGACACUUUCUUCCUUUUCUAAACCCCCCACCCCCAAUUCUUUCUUCUCUGUAAUCUAAUCUUCGCCUCUUUUCUCGAAUUAUCUAUCUCUGAGCUGCUCGGCUUUGAUCGGCUGUUUGAUCGCCCCAAUUUGUUAAUUUUUGGAGAUGGAAGAAGGAAAUGUAUCGAGCAGUUUGACUUCUGCUGCAGCUUUUGUGGAAGGGGGAAUUCAGGAAGCAUGCGAUGAUGCUUGCAGUAUAUGUCUUGAAGCCUUUUGUGAUAGUGACCCUUCUACGCUGACUACUUGCAAGCACGAGUUUCAUCUUCAGUGCAUUCUUGAAUGGUGCCAGAGAAGUUCCCAGUGCCCGAUGUGCUGGCAGUCUAUUGGCUUGAAGGAUCCCAGCAGUCAGGAACUUCUGGAUGCUGUGGAGCAUGAGAGGAAUAUGCGAAUGAAUCCACCUAGAAAUACAACUAUAUUUCAUCAUCCAAGCUUAGGGGACUUUGAGUUGCAACAUUUGCCUGUUAAUGCAAGUGAGUCUGAACUUGAAGAACGCAUUGUUCAGCACUUAGCUGCUGCAAUGGGGAGGGCUCGUCAGCUCUCUAGGAGAGAGGGUCAGAGGAUUAGGUCUUCUCAAGGCCGUCCUCGUUUUUUGGUAUCCUCAGCUAACCAUAAUGAGGCUUCAGCUGCAUCUUCACUUUCUCAGAGAGAAGGCAGUAGCCCCCCACCUGAAGUUAUAACUGCUGGCUCCAAUUCUCCAUAUAUGACUGUUGGAGGAGAUGCUGCACAUCUUGUUGCACGGUCUUCUACUGCUCAAGCAGAACAGCUCGAAACUACAGCCUCAGGAUCAAGUCCUGGGGCAUAUCAACACGGGACAUCCUCAAGCAAUAGGUCUCCUACCCAUACUUCUCCCAAUAGUCAAGAUAGAGCUGGUGGACCUUCAGAUUUCCAGACAUUUUCCGAUUCUCUGAAAUCUCGGCUUAGUGCCUUUUCAACAAGAUACAAAGAGUCCAUAACAAAGAGCACACGAGGCUGGAAGGAGAGACUCUUUGCUCGCAACACUUCUACACCUGAACCCAACAGUGAAGUUCGUGAAGCUGACCAAAGAAAUGCUAAUGGUCCUGGAAUUGCUACUCUAUCACGAGUGAUGGAUCAUCUUCAAAUAGCAGAACAUGGUAGAACCAACACAUCUACUGCCUCACGUGCUGCAGAAGAUACCAGGUCAGCGGAUUCUAGUGAACAGCUGGUCUCGGUGAUGGGAAGCAGCCUUCCUUUGAAUGAGGAUGCUUCACAAGCUCCAACUGCUGCUAGUCCUGCAUCAACCUAAGUGCUGAUCUCCUCAAGUUCAUUGCACUUCUUUUGUGCAGUUUUUCUCCCUAGCUAGUGUUGUUGAUCUUGAGCAAUCGUUAUCGGGUGAAUCACUAGGUUUUCAAGAGACUGCUGCUGCUGCAAUGACGUCCGGCUAAUUCUACCUCAGAGUGCAUGUCAAGACUCAUGGGGCUAUGGUAAAUGCUAAAUCCACCAAUCAUACUGAAAUUUAGACAGUUUAGUGCAAAUUUGCAAAAAUUAAGGAUCUUGAAACCCAAAUUCAAUGUAUAAACAAAUAUAGAGCUGUAAAUUUUGGCCUGUAAUCCUCUAUAGUUUAUGUAUGUUUGUUGAACUCGUGCGAACAAAUAUGCGAGCCUUCCGUUAGAAUGAGCAGCAAAUUAUAAAACUUUUGGUGUUGGUUGAUGGUUUA